AACAGUGGGGGUGGGUGCAUAUUUACAUUUUGACACUAGAUGGCGAUAAUGGGAUUCAGGUCGGCUAACUGCACCGUAGAGGAAGAAGCCCUGGAGCGGAAGAGAAGAACCGCCAUCUUCGUGAGGUCCAGAGCGUCAGCACAAAGAUGCCUCGACAUUGCUCAGCUGGAGGCUGCAAAUCUCGCGAUAACCGUGAAACUCGCAAGGCUGGCAUUACUUUUCACAAAUUGCCCAAGGGAGCCAGCCGAAGGAAUUUAUGGAUUACAAAUUCACACCGCAAGGGUCUUUGGGACCCCCAAACAGACUUUGUUUACUUCUGCUCAAAACACUUUACUCCAGAAAAUUUUGAGCUCACUGGAUACAGUGGAAUCCGCAGGCUGAGAGAGGAUGCCUUCCCUACCGUGUUUGAUGCGUCGCUGGGGCCCAAACGCAAAGGGCCCGGCCGCCCUCGGAAGAAGGAAGCGCUUCAUCUCAGACAGAAGCCACCGGUCACAAUCAAAGAGGACCGCGUGGAGGCCGAGAACGGGGAGGACAUCCGUGACCCCCCACCGUUAAAGCAGGAGAAGGCCGGCCUGUGUGCGGAGGCCGAUGUCUUCCACCCGCCGGCCUGUUUGGACGAGGCCACCUCCGAGGCCCAGCCCGUCUCCUUGACGGACGGCUGUCCCUCUCCUCCGGACCCCCGAGAGUCUCCACCCGCCGAGUGCCCCGCCUCCCCGUCCCGCUACAUGCGGCGCCUGCCCCCUGCCCCCGGGUUCUACCUGCGGAGGGAGCACAGCUACGCCCAGCUGUGUCCCCUGCUGUGGCGGCGGCGCUGCGAGCGCGCGGUGGACUGCCUGGAGAAGGCCCUGCGGCAGCUGAGCGCCGCGCGGCGCCGGGAGAACCGGCUGCGGAGCGCGCUGUCCCGGCUCCGGGAGAAGCGGCUGCGGCCCGCGGGGCCGGACGACGGGCCGAGGGCCAGGAGGGGCUGGCUGGGCGGCGGGCGGCUGAGGGGGGCCGCCGCCCAGGCCGGGGGCGACGGCUCGCUCUGGGCCCAGCCGGAGGAGAGCGAAGGGGAGAUGGAGAGCGAGGAGGCCGGGCUUGGGGAGCCCGCCGCGGAGGACGAGGACGUGGGGGAGUACUGCUUCAGCUGCAACAGAGCAGGGGACGGGUGCUGCGACAGAGGUCCGCGCUCUGUUUCCAGGGCUGCAGAUAGAAGGGAACUCUCUGGUGCGCGCCAUGGCGUGGCGAGGUCUCAAGAGGAGGGCUGCACUUGGCUGCCGCUCCUUAAACCCCCCGGAAGUGACGAGGACAGGUUUAUAAAUGGCGAAGGGAAGGCCCUCAUUCAUGAACAUCAAUUGAGUGCUCCAGAGUUGGUGGUGAACACUGAUCAUGUGCAGCUCAUGGUUCUGGAGGCACCGCUCGGAGACGGGUUUAAAACGGGUCAUCUACAAAGUGCCUUAAAGCUGCCCCCCUCCCGGAGCCUACUGCAGAGCCAGGCUCAGGCGGGCCUCCAGCGGGUCCUCUUGGGCGGGGAGUCGCUGCAUGGCUCUCAGGGCCCUGAUCCGCGCCCGGCUCUGGCAGACUUCGGUGCCAUGGUGGGUCAAGCCAAGGGUGCAGCGCUUUACAAGGAGCCCUGCCAGCAAGUGUUUUUUGUGCAGGAGAGCAUAGAGGGACAGCUGUUGCUCGUGCCCGCCACCACCCAGGACAGAUUAAAAGGUGUGGACAGCACUGAUGAUGGGGCUGGAAAUAUGCAAACUAUACUGGAGCCACACCUGACCUUCCAGACGGAUUUAGGGCUGGUUCCAGAAGACAUACCGAACAGAGACUUGGAGCCGUCCAAUGGGAAUGUUCUGGGUACAGUCGUGAGAGAAGAUGUGAGGGAAAAACUAAAGGAACAUUUGGAAGGUUUUCAGCUACAGCUCAGUACUGAGUACAUCACUUGAAGAAACGUGUCAUUUUCAGUUUCAUAUGGAGCCCAUUAUUUCUUUGUUUACUAUAUGAUAAAUGAUAGGAUAUAUGUAUAUAUUUAUGUAUAUAUGAAAUAUUUAAUGAAUGUUUGAGUGUUUCUGAGAUGUUUGCAAAUAAUUGACCUAAUAAACCUGAAAUUAAUGCCAAAA